AUGGCGGAUCGACUCAGCAACGGAUUUGCGUUCGGACAGGGAUUCGGCGCCAACGGACUCGACGGCCAGAUCGGCGGGAUGCCCAACGUCGACCAGACCCCGCAGUGGUCGCAGUUUGGCCAGAGCCACGCGAUGAACCCCAUGAACCCCCAGAUGGCGCAACUCCUGGGCCAGCGAAACGCCCAGGCCGGCGCACAGAUGCAGAAUAAUUUCCAGCAGCACGGUUUAUUCGAGCAGCAGUUCGGCGGCGCGGGUGGGCUGCUCAACAACAACCCGAUGAACGCGAUCCAGGCGCAGGGCUUCAACAACGCCGCCCGCGCCCAGCAGCCACACCAGCCCUUCCUCGCGCCGAACAACGAUAUGGUCCGCCAGAUGGGCUUAUUGGCCCAGCAGAAUACGCCUCUCCACCAGCAGCAGACCGCCACCAUGCAGCUCCUCAACCAGCGCCUCGGCCACCCCGGCCAGCAGCAGAACCACCUCGGUCAGCCACAACCACACCCGCAACAGGCCCAGCAACAGCAGCAGCAGAAUCGCAGUCUACUUAUCGCGCUCGUCAACGGCGUCGGGCAACCACAGCAGAAUGCUAUGACGGGGCAGGUACUUCAGCAGUUGCCGUCGUUGCGUCCGGAGGAGCUCGUCCAGCUCGCCCGCCAAUGCCGAAUGAUCGAGUCGGAGCUCAGCAACCGCAUCGGCGAAGCGACGAACCAGGCUCGCGGUGGCGCUAACACGAUUCAGAGCUCUCAGCAAAUUCAGGCAUUGCAGAAGAAGCACGCCUUCGCCGUCGGGUUCGGCCACAAGAUCCAGCAGGAGAUAAUGGUCCGCAAGGAUAAAGGGCAGCUCCCUGCCCACGUCCUCCAGCAAAUCCCUCCGCCACAGGGUGGCCCUCUCCCUCGUACGCUUCCGAAUGGCAUGACGAAUCCCGACUGGCUCAAAGCCCACGGCGCUCCGCCUGAUCUCUUCACGAACGGCAGCUACCCUCAGCACGAGGUCCAAGCCGCCGUCAAUCGUAUGCGGGAAUCUAUCAUCGCCCAGAACGCAGGACCUCAGGCGACACAGAGCCAACUAGCGCAGCUUCAGGCGAUGCAGGCCCAGCACGCCAACCACCGCGCGCCUAGCAGACAACAGGCGCCCGGACCCGGUCAACUGCCAAACCCGGCAACUCCCGGCCUUCCGCACGCCUCUCCCAUGCCACAGCCUGCGAACGUGAACCCGCAACAGGCGCCGCCACAGCAGCCCGGCGGUCCCCAGGCGGGCGGCGGCAUGACGCCGGACAAUCUCGCGGCGCGUCUCCGCAACAUCCCGCCGUGUGCGGAGGAGAUGUUCCCUCGUGCGUGGCAUGCGUGGAUGAAGCAGGCCGGCGUCGCGUUGAGCAUGGAUGAUAUUCAGCCGCCCGAGACGCUUCAGGGCAAGCCGAGCAUCUCGCUGUGGCGUUUGCACGCAUUGGUGUGGCAAGCCGGCGGCUAUGAUAAUAUCGGCGAUCGCUGGCCAACUAUUGCCGGUCGACUCGGCUGGGGGACGAUGAACGACGCCCAGGGGAUGUAUGCGCCCCCUAUGGCCGCCGAGCGUCUACGACAGCACCACGCGUCCCAUCUGCGGGAGUUCGAGAAAUGGUACCUCUCGAUAAGCCGCGCCAGGAUCAUGCAGUCGCAGGGCCAGCAGAACCAACUAGCGGCACGUAUGGCCCCGGAGCGGGUCACGCAGGCCAUGCAAGCCGCCGCGAUGGGCGUGUCGGCCGAGGAGCUCAAGGCGCGCGGCGUCGGCGACGACGUUAUCCAGUUCGUCGAGGCCAACCGCGAAGCGCUGCUCGCGAAGCAUCGCGAGCAGACGGCGUUCAAGCAGGGGUUGCAGCAGCAGCAGCAGCAGCAACAGCAGCAGCAGGGUCAGCCGCCCAAUAUGGCUAUGCACCCACAGCCGCCGCCGCAUAUGAAUGGAGGGAUGGGACAGCCAGGUCAGCCGCAUGUAAACGGCGGCGGGGUGGGCGGGCCAGGUAAUGUGCACGCGCCGCCGCCACUGCCUCCUCAGGGGCAGCCUCCGCAGCUCUUCGGGCCAGUUCCGGCUGCGCGCGAUCUCAAGGGCGUGCGUCCGGACGGAUCGAUCGACCCGCUACAAAUGCGCGCCACGCUAGAGCACAUUUCACAGCUGAAGAAAGCCAUUGAGCCGCAACUUCUCCGCACAUUCAAGACCGUUGAUGCGCCCGUUGACGUUGAUAGAAACGAGUGGAUGUCGCUGCUCGAGCGUGGAUCAGGAUUGGCGGCUGACAUCGACAAGACGCUGCCGAUGUUCAUCGCCUAUACUCAAGGCCCGAACCAACAACUAGGACCCAUCCUCAGCAAGUAUCUCGGCCAGAUGAUGAAACUCACGUUCCAGAAGAGGCUCGUGUCGCAGGCAGAGCCGCGCUUCAUCGUCGACUUGAACGAGCUGCGGGGCUACAUACAGCAGUUCUCGAAUCUGCUGGUGAUUCUCACGAACAGGAUCGCGGCUGUUAGGAUGGAGCUGCAGCAGUUGCAUGGUAUCGGACCGCGUCCGGGUUCAACGCAGCAGUUAGGGCCACCAGGGCCACCAGGUCCGCCGAAUAGGAUGGGCCCAACGCUUGGUGUACCCGGCCAACAGCCGCCGCACAUCGGUCUACCAGGCCAGCCGCCAACGCCCCAACUUGGACGCGUCCCGACGCCCCAGCACCGCGCGCCUACGCCUCAGCAGCAGAUGAACCAUCGAGUCCCGACGCCACAGUUCCCGCCUACGCCACUCAUGAACUCCGCCGAAGCGAUGCCGCCACCUCUACCGCCAAACGUCGCCGCGAAGCAGCACGUACGAAAGCCUAGCGAUAUGCAGUCGCCCGCCGGUGGAAGCCCGCAUACGCCCGCGCCGGCUAACGCUGCGAGCCCACAGACGCCCCAGACGCCGAAGCAGAAGCCCAAGCCGAAGCCCAAGGUGCAGAGGCGGAAGUCGACUGUACAGGCGCCUGCCGCCGCCGCCGCGGAGCAGACGGACGAUAAGAAGGACGUCCUCGCAGAGUCCUCGUCCGCCGCUUCGACGUCGACUGCCAAAACCGGCAACAAGCGCCCACGGGAAGAAGACGCGACGGCGAUCGCCGCCGCGGCUGCGAGCCCGAAGCGCGCAAAGGCGGACUGGGAAGGCGCGCCGUCCGACGCGCAGGAGCAGCGCGCGAAGGCGGCGGAAGAGGCGCCCAAGGACGACGCGGCGGCCGCGAACUUCGUGGACAACAUGAUGCGGGAGUUUGCGCAGUUCGAGGGCGACACGGCGCCGUUCGUCAGCGGGAUCAACGCGAUCCUCGCGAGCGUUUUGCCGGGCGCUGAUGGGGCUGCUGCUGUGGGGUCGUCUGGUGUUAAGGAGGAGGGCGCGGAUCUGGGCGGGUUGGACGAUACGUUCGAUUUCAGCCAGUAUUUCGACUUUGAUGGGGGCCAGCUGGGCGCUGGGGUCGGAGGUGGGGGGACGGUGGGCGCUACGCCCGAACUUGUACAUGGGUCGUCGGCGAACCCGAGCCCCGAGUCUGGGAGCGAGCCCGAGGCCGGGUCUAAUAAUGCUGCCGUUGCUGCCGCUUCGACGGGCCCGUCGAGCGACAAGACGCCGGGCAGUCUGGAUCUGGGCUUUGACGAUCCGUUGCAUGUUGGUGCUUGGAGCGAGAUUGAUGGGGGCGAGACGAGUUAUUAUCAUGGGGGCGUUGGGUGGAGGUGGGAUCAGCCUAUGUCGGCGAGUGAGCAGCCGUGGGCGAUUUCGACGUCGUAG